AUGGUUUCAACAAGAGUUUUGGGAUCACCAAUCCAGCUGUCUUUACCCGAGGCUAAUGGUCGCGCCGCCAACCCUGAGACGCCGACUGGCUCUAUAGAACCGCUAGAAUUCGUUAAGCAUGGUAACCCGUUCACAAUGGACCGCCUCUUCGUUGGCCUAGAGCCUGCUUGGGGUGGUGUUGACGCCAUCGAGUUCACUGAAGAUAUGCCUGUCUCUUUUGUGACUAGGGUUAAUAGAAGUCAACAUGAUAUACCAUUACACAGUCUCAGAGAAACCUCUCACAAGCACUUGUUUAACCUCAAGGAAGUGUUUGUAACGGAGCAAUCGCUAUUCUUGUUUUAUCCGGAGUGGGAGGGUAUUUCACUGAAAGAGAUCCAGACUUUACGGCCAAUAUUUCAACUGGGAGAAGUUGAAGUAGCUACAGUUUGCUACCAGAUAUUCCAAGGCCUGAGAUAUAUCCACGAUACUCUUAACAUCAGUCACGGCAAUAUCCGAGAAGAGAAUAUCUACAUCCAUAAAAACGGCGACGUUAAGAUUGCAAGAAUCGGCGAGAGUAUGGGCCGUGAGUUAAAUGAUGAAGAAAGAUCAAGAGAUAUCAUGGCAACUUUACAAAUUGUGCGAAAACUUCUAGGCCUACAAUUAAACACUGGGGGUCGUGGAAUCAUGGAAUUACUGGCCCAUGAUUUUACUGGUGCACCACAGGACACAACAAUUGACCAACUACUUCAGGUAAGCUCUUCCUAG